GCCAAAUAAGAAAAAUGUAUUUAGUGCGAAAAGCUUAAAAGUUCUUAUAAACAAUGUCAUGUGUUAUUAAUCGAAGUGAAAACAAUUCGCAUAUAAUGGAAUGUGGAAUUCAUUCAUAAAUAUGUCGAAGAUCUAACCGGGUACUCGUCAUUGAGCUAUCAGGCUAUCAGCUUUUGCGAAAAUCGAUUGAAACGAAUCUUUCCUAACUUUAGAGUAAAUUUGAAAGGACGCCGCGCAAGAAGUGUUUACGAAAAAUUCGCGAAGGAGUUGUGCGAAGUUAUUUGAUUAAAACACGUGUCUGCAAGGAAAAUGGUUUUGGCAAAAGUGCCAAUUACUCCGCAAUGGAAUUUAACCAACGGUUGUGUGUGCACGCCAGAAGGUGGAUUUCUUUAUGUCGGUUCACGCAGCAUCAAUUAUGUGGGUCCUUUGGAACAAGUCGAUGGUGAGGUGGGAGAAAAGAAGCCUCCUGUGAUCAAAGUGUUUCAAACUCGUCAGAGCAUUCUGAGCAUAGAUGUGGAUCCGGGGUGGCCAACAAAUGUUACAGCAGUUGAAGAAGUUUCUGGAAAUGCAAGUCAAGUGACGAAAACCCCUACAGCAGUGGGCCAUCAAAAAUAUUUUGCUGCUUUGGCACAAGAUAAUUCUGUACAGAUUUGGGAUUUUGAUCGUGGCUGUGCAGUAAGUGGCCAUAAGGCACACUUCAGCACCUCUUUAUAUAUGGAUGGUAAUGGGCCAUCACCUCAAGGCGAUCAUGUACUCUUAAGCUAUAUGCGAAAUCGCAAUGUACUCUCAUUGAAUGCACAGGAACUGGUGGUAUAUUGCGUAGCAUCCAAUACAUAUUGUCGACAGAAGAAUUUCAUUCCGACACGAAAUCAAAUGAUGACUGUGUUGCGUUGCUCGCCCUAUAACGAGCAUAUUUUUGCUGUAGGCACGAAUCGUGGAGUAGUUUUAAUUGGCGAUUUACUUCGCAUGACUACAUUGUACACACUACGGGGUCAUGAGACUUCCAUAACUUCGCUGUCAUGGUGCCCAUCUACAGUGGAACCUUUAAAACGGGAAACCGUUAUUGAAAUAGAUGAUAAUGAAGCGGAUAAAAAUAAGACUAUAACCAACGAUAAAACAAAGUUAAAAAGCGAUCCGAAAAACAGUUUUAAAUCACAAAAGGGAUCGAGGAAAUCAACGAAACCAGCUGGAAAUGAUGAUAUUUUCGACAUUUAUGACUACGACUAUUUGGAAAAUGAAUUCGGCGCACCUACAGAAAAAGAUAAGAAAGCAAAGGAAUCACCUGAUGGUUUGGCAGUCAUCGACAAAACUAUGGAACUGGGACCAAAAACGAAUUUUGAUUUUGCUGAGGCAUGUCAAAGUCUCAAAGAAGAGAUAAAAGCCUUGAAGAACGAGGAAAAUUAUGAUCAGAAUGAAUCCAAACAAAUGCCUGAUGUUACGCUUGCUGAUUGUCAAAAUUUGCCACAAGCUGGCGAUUUAUCUUCGAGUUGUGGCGGAGAUAGUCGUGAGUCAACUGAAGGUAGCCUUGAAAUAGGUGGUAGGUGUUCUUCAGAUGACGAUGUUUGCGUGGAUGGUGGAGAGUUAAAGCCAAAGCAACAGAUACUACAUCAGGCAGAGGUCCAUGCCGAGCAAACAAAUGAACUAGAGAAGAAAGACAACGAUAAUAACACUGAAGGGCCAGAUGAAAAUGCUGUAAAGGAGGAAAAGGAGGAAGUAAAUUGUGAGAAAUCGGAGAAAGUAGAGAAGGAAGAAAGGCAUGACGCGGUAUCGGAAAGUAAUUCCGAACAGCCAUCCGUUGAUGGAUGUGUAUCGCAGGAUAAUUCUUUUACUUCUCCAACUAAAUCAAGGAGCGCAGAACUUUUGGUUUCCGCGAGCGUUGACGGACAUUUUUGGAUAUGGAAUGCAAAGACUGGGUCAUGCUGCGACAGUGUACGUCCAGCAAACAUUGCCAAAUAUGGUAAAAAUAACAGCAUCCACGUAGAUUGGCUGAGUUCAACACAAUUUCUAACCACAAAUAGAAUUGGCGAAGUGUCAUUUUGGUCACUGAUAAAAGAUACUUCGAUCGACUCUUCAAAGCGACAACAGCAACGUUACAAGUUUCAAGAAGAGACGCAACAGCACUUUCAGCAGCGUAGCGUUAUGUCGUUUAGCGUUUCUCAUCGUUGUAGACUACUAUGGAACUUGUCUUCGCAUCGUGAAAUCAGCUGUGAAAACUUGGAAACAGGAAAAUUGCUACUCAAAUACUGCUGUGCUUCCACUAAUGUUUGUGCGAUUCGUGAAUGUCCAGAUGAUAUGAAUAAAAUUGCUCUGGCCUUCUCCGAUCGUCGUGUAGGUAUUAUUGAUAUUUCAAAGAUGUCGGCCACUAAUGUGUUUAUCGAAAAUUAUAUAUCACGUGUGGAUGCAUCCGUGCUUUCGCUUGUUUGGAGUCCGGAUAGUAAGAAGUUGGCCUUCGGAACAUUGGAGGGAAGAGUUGGUAUAAUUCAUGUAGAAACUUCCAAGCCCACUAUCACCUUUAAACCGUUUUGUGGUAAACCAAUUUAUUCAAUUGAUUGGUACGGCAAUGAUAUAUUUGUAGUUUGCAACGAUAUUCUAGCCGUUUACGACGAAAACUUCGAAAAUAAAGGCUUCCAUAACAGCUUCCCAUCCAGGAUAAAGCCUAAGAACUCGACCCCGUCUGAAAGCCGCGACGAACACCUCCACCCGAGGGAGGGGCUACAAUGGGUAUCCUGUACUUCUUGNGUGCCGCUAGCGCCACGCUACAUAACCGAAAUCUCCUGGAGUCCCAUAGCCAGUGAUCAAGUUGCUGUAGUGGCCAAUGCCAACAACAUACACAUACUCAAAACGAUAUCACCAGAAGGUCUUCUAACGCCCAUGCGUCGCAUAGAGAUUAAAAAUCCAAAAGCUGCUAAUGCUUGCGUCAAAUGGAGCAACCGCAGUGCCACAGAGUUUCUCACUUGUGGUUUCGAUGGUGGUAUACGCGUUUGGGAUUUGAAUUGCAACACAAACGAUGAGAAAUUUCUUAAACAAUUUCCCUGUCCAAUGACAUGCGGCAUCUUUUUGCCAACCGACGAACAGAUUGUGAUGUGUGCUGGUAAAUCUACCUCAGUGGAGUUGUUUGAUAUGCGUUUAGAAGAGUCCGUAGUUUAUUCGGCAUCUAAAUGGAAGCGCUCAAAUACUCAUACAUUAGACCACGUCAAAUGGGCCCUCAAAGUGCCAUCGCGCGCUGAUACGGCUAAACCAUUGACGGCGGCAGAAAAACGGCGUAGCCACCGUAAUGCAAAUGGGGCUGAUAAUGAAAUACCUGUUGGAGUAGAAAGUGCGGAUGGAGCGGAGAAUGGCGGGAAUGCUGAAGUGGUCGAUAUGUUGGGGGCGUUGAAGUUAAGUGAGCCGACGCCAAAUAGCACAGUGGAACAGAAUGUAGGAGAUGAGCUGGUAGUGCCGCAGCAGCAGCAGCAAGUGGUUAAGAAAAAUGAAAAUAAGACUGGCAGCGCUUCAAUUUUCAUGAGGAAUCCAACCACUUUAUUAAACCUAACCACCAAGGAACUGAACAAAGAUGUCUUGGAGAAAUUGAAUUUUGUCUUAAAUCAUUCAGGAAGCAGGAAUUUACUUUGUUCGAAAUUAUUUGGCACAAAAGCAGAAGCUCAACAUUUGUUGGCAGAAGAAUUAAAACAUCACAAAUACUCUAAAACUACGGGCAUAUCCAACUUAUUUAUGACACAAUUAAAUUCAUCAAUCAGAGAAGAAAUAUUGAAUUGUAUACAAAACAAGCAACUGAGCGAAUGGCAUGUAGCUGUUGCACCUACCAUAUCAUACGGUUUCUGGCAAAAAUGCUGCCAGGCCUUUGCCGAUCAACUUUUGGAGCAAGGCUAUGCACUACAGGCCGCCACUUAUAUAAUAGCAAUGCAUCACCAUGUUGAAGCUAUCGAAAUGCUAAUGUCAAGGCAUUACUACAAAGAAGCACUGCUAAUCGGCCGCAUUCACUUGCAAAAGGAGGAUCCAUUACUAUCCAACAUUAGCGACAAGUGGAUUACACAUUUGGAUAUGACUGGAAAUUUGACUGGUUCGGCGUUACUUUGCGUACUCUCAGGCCAAAUGAAUCGUGCUUAUGAAACUUUAGCCAAGGUGCGCAAUAUUCAUCCCGAUAUUGAACGUGUACUUGAAAAGAUGAAAAGCAAACAGCUUGUGAAGCAGUAAGGCUAGACUGACAGCUAUUCAGUAUAAAUACUUAGAUUAAUGAUUUUCUACAAUAAUAUGACCUACAGACAUAUUGAAAUAUUGAAGUUAUUAAGAAUUGCUCGAAUGGCAUUGUUAUUGUUUACUUUACACUUACGUUUUUGUAAAAGUUAACUCUUUUUUAAAAUACU